GGAGGAGGAAGCCGCAGCGCUUCGCGAGAUGCAAGCCAAGGUCGAGAAGGAAAUUGGCAGCGUUCAAGAUCCUGCUAAUGCAGCUGCUUCUCAAGCAAACAAGGAGGAGGCAGAUUCUCGGUCUGUUUUUGUUGGCAAUGGUCAUUCUUAUUACUCAGGUUCUAUAAUUAGCGCUGGGAUGCUUGCAUUGUAUAUUGUGUGUGGGGCAAUGUGAUUGGUGUCUCUUAGGGUUGUUCUAGAGGGAAAAAAGAAAGUAUGUUAUGCUUAUGAAAUUUAAUAAGAUACACGAAGGAAAACAAAGACAAAAAAGAUUGAGGAGGAAAAAACUAAGCUUCUGAAAAGAAAAAAAGGAAAAAAAUGAAAAAUUAUACAGAAAGAAAAAGAUCACGUUGAGAAAAAAAGAAGAAUGAAAUGAGUAAAUAGAAGAGAAAAAAAAAUGUUGGGGAAACUAUUAGUGACAUUUCAUGGAUGGCUGAAACUGGUACAGUACAGCUGGAGUAGAAUGUGUUAAAGAUGCAUCAACUUCACCCUUGGAGGAGACAGCUUGUGGUUCUUUUGGAAGAACAUUCUGUUGAUUAUGCAUGCACACCAGAAGAAGUGCAGCAACACUUUCAAUCCUGUGGUACUGUGAACAGGGUCACUAUCCUGACAGACAAGUUUGGCCAGCCUAAAGGUUUUGCUUAUGUGGAAUUUGUUGAAGUUGAAGCUGUUCAAGAGGCUCUCGUCUUGAAUGAAUCUGAACUGCAUGGUAGGCAACUGAAGGUUUUACCUAAGAGGACCAAUGUCCCUGGAAUGAAACAACAUCGUCCUAGACGGUUUAAUCCUUACAUGGCAUACGGCUUCAGGAGGCCAUAUACUCCUCCUUACUUUUACUCCCCUUAUGGAUAUGGGAAGGUUCCUAGGUUUAGAAGGCCAAAUCGUUACAUGCCGUACUACUAGAAGUUUCAUACGAAAUGUGUUAAAGUAUGAAGAUGGUGCAUCCUGGGGCAAUAAUUUUUAUUUUUUUAUUUGGGCAUUGACACUGUCUUCAUUCAGUAUUAUCUGCUCUGCGAUUGAGUGUCCAUUCGUCUUAGUCUAAGGAUGCUUGAACUUUUACUUUUCUUGCGUAGUUAUUGGAUAUUAUGUUUUUCUUUCAGUCUCUAUAGUUCAUACUAACCAAAGAUGUACCCUUUGGUAAACUUACCAGUCUCUGUCCGGUCGCACGGAAAUUGGAUCAAAUCACUAAUUUAAAUUUAGUAUUAUAAUUGUAUUGUGAA